AUCACCAAAUACAGCACACACAUGCACAGUCACACACAGACACACUCUCAACUCUUAGCACAUACUGGAGUGAAUGUCCUGACGAGACACUAACGUUUGCCGUGGACUGUGGAGCGGCUCUCUUCAGACACUCAGAGAAGAAAAACGUGCAUUAGAACCAAGAUGGAGACUGCUCAGGAACGCAAGCCAAAGAGACCCCACUACAUUCCCCGACCGCCAGGCAAGCCCUUCAAGUACCAGUGCUUCCAGUGUCCUUUCACCUGCAAUGAAAAGUCCCAUCUCUUCAACCACAUGAAAUACAACUUGUGUAAAAACUCCAUCUCCCUGAUGUCCCAGAAAAUUGGGCAAACAGCUCGACAGGUCAAAGCUGUAGCAAAGGGAGCCCCCGACACAUCCAAGGAUUGUCCGAGCCCAGAGCCUGUGCAAGCGGUUCAGGACGACAGUCCUCAGAAACAGGGGGCCGAGGAGAACAAAGCUGAGUGCAGAGAAGACACAGAAGAAGUAGACGUAGGGUGUGACAGUCCAGUGAAUAAGGACGGCCAGAAUGUAACACCAAAUACAGUUACAGAGAGAGAGAACAGGGAGAGCAAUGAAGCACAAUCCCUGCCACGCCCAUCUGCCUUCUACCCAGUCACACCCAACCGUGACGGAUCUGACACCUUCAAGUCGCCUGUGCAGCAGUCAGAGGAUUCGCAAACCCCUGCUCCCGCUUUCAGCCACCCAGGCUUCUCAUGGGGCACGAUUUCCUCAUCCAUCCCCUUAAAGCCAUUAGCCCCUCCCAUGGUUCCUGAAUACCCGACUUAUCUCCUGCCAGACCGUCCCCUGUAUCCGUCAUACUACCUCCCAGGGAAUCACCAUGCAAAUGAGACAAACUCUUCUUCUUUCCAGCCAGAGUUGAUGGAUCCACAGAGGCCGUUGAUGCCACAACCCAUUGCCCCACCUCACGCUUCCCUUUUUUCUGCAUACACAUACAGAUACUGCCACCCUCUCCACCCACCCCCUCCUCUGCACUAUACCCUGUACAGGCCACAUGAGCUCCCCAUGCCAUUUACAGGACCCAGAUAUAUUCCUUUGUACGACCAAACCCUGAGGCCCAAGGAUUAUGACUUAUACAUGCACUCACAUCUCAGACACAAUGGCCUCAACACAUCUGCACAAGAGCAGAGCAGCCAUGGCCAAAGUGGAGACAAGGCAACCCGGCUCAGCCCCAAAGAGGGUUGUUCUGCUUUGGGGUCCCCGGACAGACCCAGCCAUCCACACACCAUCCAGAGAGACACAGAGCCCCUGCAGUACACCAGCAUGGGUGACUCUCAGACAACCGCCCAACUAGUCCACACAGCUGCCGCCACGCAAGACAUCACGUCUGACUUAAGACAAGAGUCUGCUGAAAGCUUGCUGCAUUUAAGACUUCAGCAUGUGGACAGAGGGUCAGCAGAGAGCAGCAGUUAUUCCUCCAUAUCUGUCUCUGAGCCAUGUCCACAAACUACGUCAGAACAAGAUGAUGAUGACAGCAGAGAGGAUCUGGCUCCCCUCAACCUCUCAACAAGAAAACAGGACACAGAAAACAGCCCAUCUGACCACAGACUGAGGUGUUCAGACACAGAGAAAUUAAAGCAGGAUGAUUUGCCUCUGAACCUCAGCAUUCGAGCUUGUCACAGCAGCCCUGAAGAUCUUCAGCGGAGGCCAGACGAUGAGCUGGAUGAAGAGCCGUGUGACCAGAGGCAGACGGCAGCGCUGGCUCUCUGUCAGCUCUCCAUUGCAAGCUCUGCUGUCUCCUCAUGUGACUUAAGCACUGCAGACAGGCCCUCAGAAUAUAACAUGGAUGCUAGAAGUCUUGGCUCUCCAGAGACGACUAAGCACAAGACAACUGGCAAGAAGAGAGCGAAGAGUGGCAGGGCUGAAAAUAACUGCCAUAGACCGAACAAGCGAGCAAAAGUUACAGGACGGGUUCUGAGGAGGAGGCAUCGCUGACACUAACAAUUAAACUCUGACUUUUAUAAUAUUUGUUAAUAAGGACAAAGCAUCUCCCACCUUUUACAGGAAGCCUCGACGUUCAAAUUAAUGUUAACAUAUUAAUUAAGCACUGAAAGAUUUUAUUAUUCUAGAAAAUAUGUGAAAUGUAGUGGCACAGGGUCAGUCAUUAAAAAAAAAAAACGUGUUAAAUGAAAAGACCACAGGUAUGAGCGUGUGUAUAACGUCUUGACAUCAGACUAGAUGGGAAAAGAUGAAAAGCAUUUUUAUAAGGGUUCUUAAUAUUUAAAUCUGGACAUUUUUGUCAAUGUGUAAAGUUGGAGAUAUAAGAUAUGGUAAUGCACUGUAAAUGUACACAUUUUGAAUAAAGGAGUAACAAACGCUGA